CUUGAUUUCACAAUCAGCAACAACUACACAGUGAAAAGAAACCAAUGUACAAAACACGGCUUCAAGAGCUCUGUCAUCAGCGAUCGUGGAACUUGCCGAAAUAUUCCACGACGAAACAUGGCCUCGAUCACAACCCGUGCUUUCAAGCUACGGUUGCUCUCCACGAUGUCGCCUUCACCACUCUUAAUCUCUUCCGAUCCUCCAAGGAGGCCCAAAACGACGCCGCUCGACUCGCUUUUGAACAUUUCUCUUCUUCUCGCCCCAAUCCUCCUCCACCUUCUCGGCCAUUCGUUUCAUCCUCUUCUGAUCAAAUUUCUCAAGUCGGUACAACCACCUCAGUAGUUAAAGAUGAUUACAGAUUUAGAGGGCAAACUCCUCAAGUAGAUGCAGCCACCUCAGGUGGCAAAGAAGUUUUUGGAUCAAGAGGUGAAACUACUCUGAUCAAUGCCAAUGCCUCAGCGAUCAAAGAUGUUUGCAGAUCAAGGGGUCAGAGAAGUUCUUCAAGUGCUAGUACAUUACAAAUGAAUAUACAACGAAGAGAUCAGACUCCUCAGGUCAGUGCAACCUCAGUAAUCAAUGAUGAUAACAGAUUAAGAGAUCAAACUCUUCAAGUCAAUGCAACCACCUCAAUUGGGAAAGAUGUUGACAGAUCAAGAGAUCAAACUCCUAUAGUCAAUGCAACCUCCUCCGCUGUCAAAGAUGUUUGCAAAUCAAGAGAUACAGUAAACCUGUACAAGAACCAGCUACAAAUCUAUGCACAAAAGCGAAAUCUUGCUUUUCCUAUGUAUUCUUGUGAGCGGGAAGGUCCUCCUCAUGCUAGCCGAUUUAAGUGUAAGGUCACAAUUGGUGGACAAACUUUUGAGUGUCAGGAGUUUUUCCCUACAUUGAAGGAAGCUGAGCAUGGAGCAGCAAAAGUUGCUCUAAUGUCAUUAUCUUCAGAUGCAGUUCAAGAGGAUGACUCUGGUUUCUACAAAAAUCUGUUGCAAGAACUGGCUCAGAAGAAAGGUUAUGCUUUGCCUGUUUAUCAUACAAAUCGAUCUGGUGAAGCUCAUAUACCAACUUUUGUUUCAACUGUUGAGGUAGAAUUAGAGAUUUUUACUGGACAGGAAGCAAAGACGAAGAAGCAAGCAGAGAUGAGUGCAGCAAAAGUUGCUUACCUGACUCUCAAAGAAUGUAAACCAACUCAGAGGCCAACAGUUCUUUCAGCAGCCAACCAACCACAAGCUGACAACAAAUCUUCCAGCUUGCAGUCAAAUUUAAAUAAUGAUUUUCAUCAGAAGAGCCAACCUACAGGUCACGUGGUACCUAGCCAAAGUUUGGUUCAUCCUGAAGAGAGUAGAGUGACUGGUGAAGCCAGCUGUCAGCAUCUUAUCGAUCCAUUUCCCCAACCGGUGAUUGAUCCAAAUUGGAAGAGAGAAUCUUCUCCAUCCGACCCACCUGCACCUUUGACCCCAGAUAAUACCUGUCCUACCUCCUCUUUGCGUUCUGAUUUCUCUGCUAAUGUAGUUCCAGAAUCUAACACUGAGCUGGGAGGUGGAACGUAUACAUCAACUGUCACUCGAGUCAGAGUUUGCCCCUGCAUGCCGAACAUGAUAUUUCCCAGAGGCAGCACAUUGUUGCGAAGUGAUGAGAAGUGGGUUGCUUUGAAGCUUGAAUCUCAAUCAAACCAAUGAAUAAAUAUGGCUUAGAUGCUUUACUGCUAAAUGUGAAGCUUUCAGAGUUCAGAUUAUGGGUGUGUAGGAAUGGCCAAUGUUGGUCGAUUUUGCUUUUCCUGAUCAUUGAAGGUAGAUGCCCACCAGAACAUAAUAAAGUAUGCUACUGCUAAUAUAUUUUUUUGUAACCUCAUAACAAGAUUCUGCAUGCCUAAAUUUUACAUGUUGGAUAUAGGACCAAGCUGUUUUGGCUUGAA